AUAGGCCGACUUCGACUGAACACUCAGCGCCGGGCCUUGUCAGCAGGAGGCCAUGUCAAGCUCAGAGUCUGGAGAUGAUCUUAACGUGAAGAAGGCCCUUGGGGAGGAGGAGGAGGACGCCGACGACACGCUCGCGAACGCGGACGUCAGCACCAAGUAUCAGGAGGCUGCGAAAAUUGCUAAUGUAGCGCUUGACGUUGUCCUGUCAAAGGUAGAGGUUGGCAAGACCCCUUUAGAGCUCAGUCAGGCAGGAGACGAGGUGAUCGAGGAGAAGUGUAAGAAGAUUUUUACCAAGAAGGUAAAAGGCCGUACCAUUGAGAAAGGUGUCGCUUUCCCAACCUGUGUUUCUAUCAACGAGUGCGUAUGCCACAACUCUCCGCUUGCAUCGGAGGCGCAAGAGCCCUUGAAGGAGGGCGACCUGGUCAAAGUCGACCUGGGUGUGCACAUCGACGGUUUCGUCUCCGUUGUGGCCCAUACGGUUCGCGUCGGACCCGCACCAACCGCCGAGGAGCCCAUCAAGGGCCCAGUGGCAGACGUCUUCCUCGCAGCCUUGACGGCGUCGGAGGUGGCGAUCAAACUUAUCAAGCCCGGAAACAGCAACAAACAAGUCACGGAGGCCAUGGCCCGGGUGGCCGAGGCUUUCGGAGUGAACGCCAUGCAGGGAACCUUGAUGCAUCAAAUGAAGCGGUACAUUAUCGACGGGAACAAGGUAAUCAUCCUCCGCGAGGAUGUGGACCAAAAAGUGGACGACGUCGUCUUCGAGCAGGGGGAGAUCUACUCCGUGGACGUUGCCUUCAGCUCCGGCGAAGGCAAACCCCGCGAGGCAACAAGCCGAACGACUGUGUUCAAACGGGCCGUGGAUGUCAGCUACCGACUGAAAAUGAAAGCAAGCAGGUAUGUCUUCAACGAAAUGAACCAUCGAUUCCCUACGCUGCCCUUCACGCUACGGGCACUUGAGGACGAGAAGCAGGCGCGUAUGGGUGUUGUAGAGUGCUUAAAGCACGAUCUCCUGCAUCCUUACCCGGCCACGAUUCUGCUCCUGCCAUCGGGAACGGCCAAGGUUACAGGCUUGCCGUACAGCACUGUUGGCUUUGUGUCUGACAAAGAAUUGCCUGAAGACAUCAAAGCAAUUCUAGCGACAUCCUCAAAGACAAACCAAAAGAAGAAGAAGAAGAAGAAGGACAAGGCGGCUAUGGAUGUUACGGCUACGUGA